AGAGCAGUUAGAGCUGGUGCUUUACUUCCUCACUGGGCAUGACCCUAGGCCCGGCUCCAUGGCUCAGCAGGGCCAGGAGCGGAAGAUGGCAGGUGGGGGCAGCGACCUCAGCGUCAGGAUGUUCACAGAGGACCAGAACACAGAGAAAAAGAAUAUAGAUGAGCGGUUUUUCCAUGAGAUUUUCACGCUCUUCAGAAAAAAUAAGGUGGAGAUUGCAAGUGCAAUAAAGAAGACGUUUCCUUUCCUUAUGGGCCUCCGAGACCGUGGCUUCCUCUCUGAGCAGAAGUAUGAACAUUUUCUAGACACUUGUGGAAACCUGGUCCCAGUGGAAAGAGUGGCGUACGAUGUCCUCACUGAACUGGAGAAGACGUUUAGCCUGCCACUUCUGGAAGCCUUGUUCAGCAGGGCGAACCUGAAGGCCUGUCCUGAUUUAACUGAGGUUUACCAAAGCUUCCAAAAUGUGUCCUGUGGACUUGUAGUUCUACAAGAAGAUGAAGUAAGAGAAUCAGAAGAAAUGCCCAGGCUACUACCUUAUGAUGGAGAAGAUGAUGGAGAAGAGACCCAGGAGAUGGCCAGCACCCAAUCCAUCCAUGAACAAGACAAAGUGACAACCUGGACACUGGAGUCAUUCAAUCUGGAGUUCAAGACUUGGCUCCUCCAGUCAUCAGUUGGAGAACGUGAUACUGUAGAUACUGGAAACAAUUCUACUUUGAGAAAACAGAAGAGAAAAAGAAGAAAAAAGAAAGGGCACUCUUGGACAAAAAUAAAAAGGAAAGUUCUGAAAAACAUAUGUCAAAGAGAUAACCGCGAAGUGGAUGGCCACUUGGUCUCGAGAGAAACAAAGGUGAAGGUGAAUCUUCAACGUUCUGCUAAGAUUUGGGGGAGAAAGAGAGGCAGACCUAGGAUCCAUUUAACUCAGAAACAAAAAAGAGGCCAACCCACAGGUUCAAGAAAGCACACAGAUACAACUGUGGAUUUUCACUCCCCUUUACUUCCUGUGACCUGUGGUGAGGUAAAGGGGACUUUAUAUAAGAAGAAAUUGGAACAAGGAGCCUCAGAGAAGUCUAUACAGAGUGAGGAUGGAAAGUGGUUUACCCCUACGGAAUUUGAAAUCAAAGGAGGCUAUGCAAGAUCAAAGUACUGGAAGCUGAGUGUGCGCUGUGGCGGACGGCCCCUACUACGGCUGAUGGAGGAAGGAUUUCUACCAAAUCCUCCAAGAAUGUAUCAUAGGAGGAAAAAGAGAAGACUGGAGCCUCACAACAACGCCUUAGUUGACUCUUACCAGGAAAACUCAGAUGACUGUGAGGUAUGCCGCGAUGGAGGACAGCUGUUCUGCUGUGACACUUGUUCGAGAUCCUUUCAUGAGGAAUGUCAUAUCCCACCUGUGGAGGUUGAGAGGACCCCGUGGAGCUGCAUCUUCUGCAAGAUGAAGGAGUCUUCAGGAAGCAAACAGUGUCAAGAGGAGUCUGAGAUCCUGGAGAGGGAGAUGUUGCCUGAGGAACAGCUGAAAUGUGAGUUCCUCCUCUUGAAGGUCUAUUGCUGUUCAGAGAGCUCCUUUUUUGUCAACAUCCCAUAUUAUUAUUAUAAUAGGGAGGAUUCUCAGGUCCUAAAGGAACCCAUGUGGUUAAACAAAAUCAAGAAGAGACUGAAUGAGAAGGGCUACCAUCGAGUUGGGGGGUUCGUGCAGGACAUGCGCCUCAUCUUUCAGAACCACAGAGCAUCCUACAAGCUCAAGGACUUUGGCCAAAUAGGACUUAGACUGGAGGCUGAAUUUGAGAGGAAUUUCAAGGAAGUGUUUACUAUUCAGGAAACAAAUGAGAACAGUUCACUUGUGUAAUGAUGCUGUAGGUGCCCUGGCCAAAUGCCCUUUUCUACCCUUCUCCAGAGGAUUUCACUGGGCCAAGCAGAGCCAGCUUCACCUGGAGGUUAUGGCCCCCUUGUCUCAUAGUGGAGCCAAUCCUCUAGUAUGAUUCAUGCUCCUGUCCUCCCCGUGGGAUCAGGUUGGUGCAUACUUGCUUAGCUUUUCCACUCACCCUAACAUUCUUCCCUCACUCUCCUGAGAGAACUCUUAUAAUAAAUCACUUGCCUAAGAAA